AUGCCUGAUGCUGGACGGGGAGCUCUGCACAGAGUGUGCGACUCGGUCAGCGGCGUCAACUGGCGCCCGACACGGUUCGCCGAUGAGCUGAUGCUGGCUCGUUACGCGUGCUCCUUGUGUCACGUGAUUCCAAGCACGACGGUCCUUCUGCCCUGCUUCCACGCGCUGUGCGAGCAGUGCCAGGCAGGCUGCGUUGUCGAAGACGAAGGGAGCGUCUGUCCCCUGGACGGAGAGCCAUUCUACGAAGACGGGGUUCAGAGGGUGCAACUGCCUGCCAAGAAGCAUAACCUCAAGGCUCACUGCUGGAACGACGCCUACGGCUGCGAUUUCGUCGGCCCCCUGGCGGAGCUACUGCGACACUUCGAAGCAGAGUGCGUCUUCCACACUUUGCCGUGUAAACGUUGCGGCGAGAACAUUCCGAACGCUGAGCUAGCCGCCCACUACAUAGUCGGGUGUGUUACCAACAACGUCUCAUCUGCGAUUCUCAAUGAGUCCUCGGUACAAGGUGACGCCGCCACCUCCUCCUCCACUACCGGUAACGUCACCGCGACUGGGCGAGGAAUCGAGGAGCCAGCAAGGAACUGGAAUGAAGAAGGAAUCCACUGGCUACUGAGCCAAGUGAACGAACUCGCAGACGUUGCGAGAACCCAAGGCGCCCAGCAGCAGGAAUUCAGCGCAGCGUUAACGGUUAGCCUCCAGACUCUGAACGCCACCGUGGCUGCAGCCGCCGAGCAGUUGUCGGACGCUAUCGGCGAAGUCUCGCAGCUGCAUCAGCGCAUGCUCGAUUCGAGAGAGGAGGAAAGGUAUCGGGCAAAAGAGGCUGAGGCGGCUGCAAGUGCAAGUUAUUCGGGUGUGUGUCUGCCAAGGCGGAAGGAGGCGACGGAUAUCCUUCAAAAUUUGGAAGUCCUCGCUGCCCAGUCUCGCUGGUGCCUCGAACGCUUACUCAGAGUACACAACGAAACAGUAUACCUCCCGGCAGCUCAGUCGUCUAUGGUGUCGCAAAGCAGAGGGAAGCACAUGUUCUCGCUGAAGAAAACGUGCACGCGUCAUUGUGCGAACGCGAAUGAAAUCGUUUAUCGUGUGGUCAUAUCAGACGUCUACGAACUGCACAAGUACUGCAACGCUACCGUAACGUGUCGGCUGCGUCAUCGACACGCGUGGUGCAGAGUGACUUACGGUAUAUUGAGCGAGGACGUCGGACAAAGAUGGGGUCUAAGAUUAGAUUGGGACAACAGGUGUGCAGUGAGCAGCUAUUUGCCGCAGGUCGUUCAUGUAUCGGAGAUAAGCGUACCAUCUACUCCGUACUGUUUGCCACGAGAGGAGGCAGAAUGCGACGCGUGGACGCAAGUUUACUGUUACGAUUUUAAUGUGAAAAAAGUAUUUGAAAGGAAGCUGAAAUUUCAAAUCGUCCUACACGACUGCGAGUGACGGAGCUUGACUCAGCCCGUCACGCGUCGGCACUCAUCCCACAGUCCCACCUUCCCAUGUUGGUCUACAAACCAUCUUUUAUAUCCUGCUUGAUGUUGGAGAAGAUACUGCUGUUUCACUUAGAGAGAAUUGGUUUUUGGCGUACUAUUUUAUUGAAGAACGCUUUUAUUUUCACGACACUUCGCCGUUAUAGCGGCCAUCUUUGACAGUUUCUUUUUAUAUAAUAUUGCAAAUAAAGUUCCUGAUUC